AUGGGUUGUUUGUUUGGUAGAGGUAAAAAGUUAAAAGAUGGUAUUGAUUAAAUAGCAGAUAAUAGUAAUGGAGUUAAAAGAAAAAUAGUUAUGAUAGGACUUGAUGGAGCAGGGAAAACCUCAAUCUUAAAUUAGUUAAAAGUCAAAAAAUUUAUGGAAACUGUUCCAACAAUUGGAUUAAAUAUUGAAACAAUAUAAUAUAAGAAUUUAGAAUUCCUGGUUUUUGAUGUAGGAGGUAAGGUCAGGUCUUUGUGGAGUCACUAUUACGAUAAUUUAGAUGCAAUAAUUUUUGUAGUAGAUUCAACUGAUAAAGAAAGACUAUGGCAAGUUAAGGAUGAAUUCCGUAAAUUAAGUUCAGAACUGAGUUUCUAAAAUGCAGUUGUAUUGGCUCUGUUUAAUAAAUAAGAUCUUCCUGAGUGUGUUGAAUUUAAAGCCCUUGUGGAAGAAACUGGAGUAGACAAUAUGAAUGAAAACGAUAUUAUAAUCUAAAAAUGUUCUGCAAAGACAGGAGAUGGACUUAUGGAUGGAAUGGAAAAAUUAGUCAGCUACUUUUUAAAUAAUGAUAAAAAUAGUUCAAAUAAAUAAAAUUAAUUAUCUAAAAAUGGAUAAACAAAAUCUGCCCUAGUGAGCUGA